AUGAGGACUAUCUCGUGUCAGUGGACCCUUGUGGCUGUCGUUGUGGUUGCACUCACUUUGGCAUCCUGCGCUGAGGCUAAGACCACUCAGAAGCCAAAGUAUCAGUACACCAAGAAGCCUGUCCCUCAGAUCACAUUGCAUGGCCCUGUGACCACCAGCAUACCCAAGACACUCAAGACGGUGGCCAGUGCAAAUCCUGUGGCGCCCCUCCCCUUGCUUUCUCCGUACCACAGUGAGAGCCCUGGGCCCUCUGAUGGUGGCCCUGAGAACUACACUCUGGAUUACAAUGAGUGUUACUUCAACUUCUGCGAGUGCUGUCCUCCGGAGCGAGGCCCCAGGGGGCCAAAGGGAGACAGAGGCUUGGCAGGACCACCUGGUGAACGAGGCCCUGCAGGAGCAGCUGGUUUACAAGGACCACCGGGUGUGAAUGGUCCUGCAGGAUUUAAAGGAAGCAGGGGGGAUAAAGGUGACAGAGGAAACAGUGGAACUGCUGGCCCACCAGGUAUCCCAGGAAAACCAGCACAGAAAGGGGAUAUUGGCUCAAAUGGUGAGAAAGGGGAAAUAGGGCUGCAAGGUGUCAAAGGUAAUAGUGGAGGGAAAGGGGAACCUGGCCAGAAUGGGAGUGCUGGCGAUAAGGGAGAACCGGGAAAAGAGGGACCUCCAGGAAUGGCUGUCGAGCUAGGUCCUAAGGGAGAAAAGGGAGAUAGGGGGGAGUGUGGCACUUUUGUAGAGAGAGGACAAAAAGGAGAGCGAGGUGAUCCUGGGCAAUCCGGCAUCCCAGGAGUGAUGGGCAUUCCAGGAAUUAAUGGCAAACACGGAUCAUCAGGUCCUGUAGGUGUCCGAGGGGAUCAGGGACCUCCUGGACCUCCAGGAGAACCAGGGAUGAGAGGGCCUCAAGCACCACAGGGCAUAAGAGGGAUGCCUGGCCCAAAGGGGGACAGAGGUUACCCUGGGAUGAGAGGUGACCGAGGCUUCCGUGGAUUGAAAGGAGGUAAAGGAUCGGGAGUUCCUCAGAAACGCUCAGCCUUCAGUGUCGGCAUCUCUCCAAAAAAGUCCUUCCCACCCUCAGGCUUCCCGAUCCGCUUUGACAAAAUCUUCUACAAUGAAGAGAAUCACUUUAAUGUCUCAUCCAGCACCUUCACAUGUGUCAUACCUGGGGCUUAUGUCUUCUCCUUCCAAAUCACUGUACGCAAUCAGCCACUGCGAGCCACCCUCGUAGUGAACGGGACCCGGCGGGUAAGGACAAGGGACUCUCUGUACGGCCAGGACAUUGACCAGGCUUCCACUCUGGUGGUGCUGCGGCUGGCGUUGGGCGAUCAGGUGUGGAUGGAGACAUUCAGAGACUGGAAUGGGGUGUAUGCAAGCAGUGAGGACGACAGCAUCUUCUCUGGGUUUCUACUUUACCCAGACACCCCCUGA